CCCUGGUCUGGGGGGGUUCUCUCUGGAGGUGCCUGGUAACAAACAGCCCCACCCACUUGUGGUGCCAGUAUCCACGGCAACCAGAGAGCCCUUCCUUCCCUAGGCCUGCUGGGCACUCAGGCCUCGGGAGCCCACGCACCGGACACAGGGAACGCUUGGCCAGCCACCCCUCCCGGCCCCCCGAGAACACCGAGAAUGGCCCCCAAGUCUGGCCUGCUGUCUGAAGAAGCUGGGGAGGGGGCUCCCCUGCCCCUGGCAGAUGGGGAGCCACUCGGUGGUGACCCGGGGCCACCAGCCAGCGUUCCCAGCUCACACACUGACACCCUGGCCCCCGGCUGCCUGCAGGACACCAAGCCCCCUUCGCCACCGGCGGUCUCCUCGGCCACCCUGCGCUUGGCCCCGGAGUCCCUGGACCCCCGCACCCUGCAGCUGCUGUGGGGCCAGCGAGAACUGGAGAUCCGCGCGCUGCGGUGGGCUGUUCAGAAUGGCCAGGACGCCCGGCAGCGCCAGCUCCUGCAGGAGGUGGCGGGGUUUCCACCCCAGAGGAGCCCCCGCAGCCAGCAGAGGUUCCUGCAGAACCAGGUGCGGAAGCUCCGCCUGGAGCUGAGGGAGCAGAAGCAGCAAGCCCAGCGGGAGAAGGAGCUGUUGGAGCAGCGGCUGCACCAGCUGGAGGCCGAGCUGCAGACCUUCCAGAAGUCCUGCCUCCUGCAGAUGGCCCGCUCGUCCUGGGUGGGCCGCGUGCUGCGAUCCCAGACCGGCAGCGUGGAGGUGGUGACCACAGAGGCCCUUGUGGACCCCAGCGACAGCGUCUGUGAGAGCGAUCAGGUCCCCACGGCAGGGGAGGGCUUCCGACUGGAGGAUGUGGACUGGAACAGCAUCGCCCACCGCUACCCCAACCUCUUCACCAGCAUCGAGUCACAGGAGCUCCUGCCCCAGACACCCACGCUGCUGGACCCUGGGCGCUCUCAGCCUGAUGAGAGGCCCCACGCCGAAGAGAGGCCUCACAAGACUGUCGAGUGGAGCUCCCUGCCCCGGGUGGGCACCAGCAGCUCCGGCGGCGCCGGCUCCGACUCCAGCAGCUGCCAGCUGGACCUGUCCUCUCGGGCACCGAAGGAGGAUGUGCUGGCCAAGAAGCUCAGCGGAGCAGAGCCCCUGGGGAUGGAAGGUCUCCAGAUAACCCAAUACGGCCGUCUCAGCAAGGCCGGCCUGGAGCCCGAUGCCGGGGCGCAGGCUGACCCUCCGCGUGCAGGGCCCGGGGUGAGCCCCAGCUACUCCCUGAAGAUCGUGGCCGUGAGCCGGCGGCAGAAGUUCGUCCGCAUCCUCAAUCAGUCGCUGGAGCACACGGCCGACAUGGCCGGCCUCACGCUGCGGCAGCUGGAGCACGGCUUCCCGGUGUGCCUGUACCGCUUCCCGCCCGGCACGCUGCUGGCCCCGCGGCACCAGCUCACGGUGUGGGGUGAGGACGCUCGCAGCGCCGAGCAGCCACCGGCUGCAUCCUCGGGCCGGGAGCCGCUCUACUUCCGCGUCAGCCCGGGCUGCGUGACCCUGCUCCUGGGCCGCGAAGGCGAGGUCCUCAGCAGGCACCAGGCCCCGCACUGCGUGACUCCGACUGCCCGGCUCUUCGCCGAGGACAGCUUCCCGCUCCCUGAGGCCCAGCCCGGCGCCGACAUGGGCGAGCCGCGAUGCCCGCCACGACGCCUGCGCGAAGCCCGGCUGCCGGAGGCCCCGGGCGGGCGCGGGAGGCUGGAAGGGGGGCUGCGGGUGCCUCGGGGCCUGCCCCCUCUCCAGGCCUCGCCCCAGGGAAGCCCGCCCUCUGGGCCUCCUGGCCAGGCCUUUCCCAGGACGCCCCGGAGGCUGGCCCGGCGCCCGAGGCCCAGUCCCCGUCUGUGCUGCCUUCCUUUGGGCAGGCUGCGGCCCUCAGGACCCCUCGACCCCUCGGCGACUCUGGGAGCCUUGCGGACCCUGACCCCCGGCGAGAGCUUCCACCCGCGGGAGGAGCCCGCGCGGCCCGAGUCCUCCAAGUACCCGGCACCGGAGCUCCUCAACUUCCUCCUGGAGGCCAGGCUGGGCCUCCAGGACUGCCAGGCCAGGAAGGAGCACCGGGUGCAGGUUGGCCGCAGAAGCGUGGACCGCGACUGCCCGAUGGUGGUGUUGUCUGUGCAGAACACGGCUGAGAGCAGGUUCGGCUUCCGCUUCCUCUGCUGCCCACCCAUCACAGCCGACGCCCGGGGGCGGCGCUAGCGCCAGGCACACGUGCCCGGGGCCUGUUUAUUGAGCCAGCGUUGCCUGCACAGUAAACCUUACACUUCUUUCCACCCAGA